ACCCACUGCUCGCGCUGGCGCGCUGACCCCCCGCGUGGCCUUGUGGGCGGAGCUAUCACAACCUCCCCGACCCAGCCUCGCACCCCCGCUCCCUUGGCCGUAGAGCCUGCAAAGUCGCGCAUUUCCUGCGAGGCCUUAGUGUGUACUUUGGCCCAUUCGAACCGAACCGAGGAGCCCAGGCCUUCCAAGCAGAUCGCGACGGACGAAGUGGUGCUGCUGCUCCACGCACUUCUGGUGCGGCACCGCGCCCUGAGCUUGGAGAACAGCCAGCUUGUGGAGCAGCUGCGGCUGCUGGUGUGCGAGCGGGCCAGUCUUUUGCGCCAGGUACGUCCGCCGAUCUGCCCCGUGCCUUUCCCUGAAACGUUCAACGGAGAGAGCGCCCGGCUCCCCGAGUUUAUCGUGCAGACGGCGUCUUACAUGCUCGUGAAAGAAAACCGAUUCUGCAACGACGCCAUGAAAAUGGCAUUCCUAAUCAGCCUGCUCACUGGGGAAGCCGAGGAGUGGGUGGUGCCCUACAUCGAGAUGGAUAGCCCCAUCCUAGGCAAUUACCGGGCCUUUCUCCAGGAGAUGAAACAGUGUUUUGGCUGGGAUGACGAGGAAGACGAGGAGCAUGAGGAAGAGGAUGAUUACUAGGUCUCAAGGAGGAGAGAACUGCAUGCUACCUCCCCCACCACCCCCUACCACUCCCGGAGCUGCAGCGUUCAGCCCCCUCCUCCCUCCUGUGUCCCCUUCCGCUCGCUCUCACUCUCCCUUUCUCUCUUCCUUCCCCUGUAGUGCUUGUCUUUGUUCCAAGAGUACGGCCCGAGUCACCCGCAGGUACUGGGGCUGGGCCUUGCUCUGAAGCAUGCUGUGUCAACUCUGGCCAGCCCCAAUCCCCUUCCCUUGCUACUCUGAACUAUGUCCUGAGCCCCAGUUAUUGGCCAGGCUCCUGUGACAACUGCCACCACCUGCCUACAUCUGCCAGUGACCUAGUCUACCACAACCUACUCCAUCCUACGGACAGACCACGGCUUUUGGAGAUAAGGACCAACAUAGAAGAUGCCUGAGUUGGCUACAGCUCUACAGUUUUACAACCUGGAUAGUUGCCUCCUCACUCCCAGGUUCCUUCCCUGCCCUCCUAGAUUGCUGCGGGAGCCCGGUGUGCCUGGCAGCCAAGAUUCUGCACCGGUUUUGCACAGCUGUUGUUUUUCGGAAUCCCAGCAGUCUUACACAGAUGUGCGCAUUUGGACAAAUGAUGAUUAAAUACAAUGAAGCAAAUAAGCAGGAAUAGGCACUCAUCCCAGCUCCUCAGUACUACCUGGAAAAAGAGUUGGCAAUCUUUUCAGUAAAUAUCAAGCACUACGAAAGAUAGAGAUGGGUUGUCUUUUAGUGGUUAAGUAUGGUCAUUGGCCUCUGCCACUCGCACUCUUCCCACGUAAGUCCCGUUGAGAUCUGGGAAUCCAAUUCAAUCCCAGGAUUUCCUACUGGCAUCUCUAGGGGCCAGAGAACAGCAACAGAGGACAGUGUAGCUAUGCUGAUGUUUUCUGCACCAAGGUAUUUCUUAAAACCUUGGUGAAAGAAGUGUCUUCUGGAGCCCUGAAGGUGGCACAGGUAAAAGGUGGCCCAACUGGUGGCUCAUCAUCCCAAGGCAGGAUACUGCGGAGGAUGAGAGAGCACAUUAUUAAUAGUUAGACGAAGACAACAGAAGUACACCUUAAAGUUCCUACUUCUCUGAGCUUUUGGGUUCCUUAACACUGCCAGGGAAAUUCUGUGUCUCAGUCCUUAUUGCCUGAGGGCUGUUGAAUUCACAGCUCAUUAAAUAACAUUGCACAUUAUUUUAAUGCUACUUUCAAAUGCUUGGGCUAAUGUUAAAUACUGAAUCAUGUAUAAGUGUGCCCAUGGUUAACAUGAAUAUGGCCCAAUUUUAACAUUUCCUCUUCCUUAGAAUGCCCAUUCGUACAUAUGCCCCAGAUAUUUACCUAGAAAUUGGCAAGCUACUUGGUUAUCUCUAGAACCAGACCUCGUGCUUCUGUUUAGGGAAUGGAGCAGGGAAUGGGUAAGUGCUAGGCAGAACCUGCAUACCACUGUGGGUCUGUAACCCCAGGUGAAGUCACUGAAAUGUGUAAAGCAGAGACUUGGUUGAGGGAUUUUGGGGGAUUACCUCUGGUAGUCAGGAAAUUUCAAGAAAAUUUUACGGGUCUUGACUUCUCAGUCUUACGUCUGUCUGCAUGUAGGUCCUCAUUUUAUAUUGUCUGGAGUCAACACAACCUAAAGGACUUUAUUUCAUUAGAGAAAUGCAUUUUCCUUAUUCUUUGAAACUCUUUGAAGAAGGAUGUUCUUUUAUUUGUGCUGUGAGAAUGCAAGUGUGGAUUAAAUAUCAGAUGUUAUUAAUCAUACCAGUGAUUUUAUAGGUGUGGACUAAAUUAAAUUCCCCUCAUAAGGCAUUUAGAACUGCUCUGGCUAGAGUUUGAGCACUUGUAAAUAUUCCUAGGUGUGGGAAGCAAACUCUUAGGAAGAGGUCUCUGGCCAAGAGUUUGACUUUUGUAGGUAAAAGUCAGGGGUGAAGGAAGUUGAGGAUAAGUCCAGACAGCAUAAGCCCUGUGGGGAAAAAGACUUCCUGUGAUUAGCGAGGAUGCUAAGCCACGGUAGUAUCCAACUAGCAUCCAAGAGUGGUAGGCCAAGGGCCCUGGUGAUUUGAAGUGCACAUUUCCUGAACAUAUGUGAAAGUGCCUAACAGGUUGCCAUGCCUGUGUUUAUGCCUGUGUGUGUGUGCAUACAUAAGGUAUACACUUCAGGCAUCGUGGAGAAACAGAUUAUUCUGUGAGCUGCGGGAAAGUGUGACAUUCUGUCUACCUUGGGGAAAGAUUGCACAAUGAAAACAAACAUGGCAAGGGCACUAGGGAUUCAUGGAAAUGGCAUAAGGCAUUGCAAAUGUAAGAAGUGGAUAAGCAUAUCCAGAAAAACAUCACCACUAGAUGAAAAUGGGAGAAGAUAGGUGGGAAUGCCAAAAUAGUAAAUACGAACUUCAAACUUCUGGAUUCUCCUCUUGAGCAUACUACUGUUGCAGUGGUCACUAGACUUGAAAUGGUUUCUGAAAUUAUAUUAUCAAUGAAAUGAAAAUUCUAUUACAGCUCAUUAUCAUUUAAUCAUAUUAAAUCUACCAUUAUGUCUUUGCGCUUUAUUUAUUUGAAUAGGUGAGCACUGACAUCCAUAAUUCUGUUGUUCUGCUUUGUAGUGUGGCAUAGAAACCUAGAGCUGCAUUAUGCACACUGAAGAUUUGAUUAUUUUCUGUUACUAAAACAGUAAAAACAUCAGCAACUUGGAGGCAGGCUAGAGGGAGGAGUCUUGUAAUGUUCUAGGUUCUUAAACAAUUAAAACUACACUGAUAAAGCAGUGUCCGUUGAAGGUCCUGAGUAUAUUUUCCUCAAUGGUAGGGUUGAAUUAUUGUAUGAAGAUCUGUGCUUCGGAGUAUAGAUUGUGUUAAGCAGUGUGCAAAGUGGUGGCAGCUAGCAUUACUGAGUAGAUCAAGUGUAUCCCCUACUAUCUCGGUGUGCUUAGUCUUGAAGGCAGAUUUCAUAUUCCGUGCCUUUAACGGUCCUGGGAACCUUCGACCUGCCUUAAUGAAAAUCUGGUCAUUCGAUGUGCAUUAUUCUUUUCUUCCUGACCGAAUUGCCUGUUAGGAUUUUCCCCUUUGUCUUCAAAUGUUGUGCUGUCUGGAGACGUUUUAUUUUAUUUUACAUUGAGAUGGACAGUGGAGCAUUUGAAGGAGUUGUGAACACCGUAGCAAGAUGUGUUAAUGAAAUAGAAGCACUCUUUUGGAUGAGUUGUGGGGAGACAGUGGGUUAGUUAGGAGGUGCUGUAAUGGGUGCUUCAGAACAGCGAGAUGAAGCGAAGUUUGUAUUCCUCCCUUAUUUAUUUUUCUCAUGACUCUAUUUACAGCAUGCUCAUGUUGCCUCUCCUUCUCCCCAAAUAAGCAAUAAUUUCAUCAACAAACGUGGAGUACAUUUCAUAUAUAUUAGCCAAAAUCCCUAAACAAUCAGUUUAAUAAACUGACCAGUCAGUUUCGAAUUAUCCAGUUAGCUCAAGAUGCAAAACUGUCACACGUGCUUUCUAUAUGCCUUAUUUUCAGGUUUUAGUUUUAAAACAAGAUUAGUGAAAGAAUGUAAAGGGAAUUACACGCCAGUCGUAACUGAAGUCGUGAUGCUUUUGAUUUAUCUGUUCUCUAGACACCAGGAAUCACGCCGCUGUGUAGGACUUGUAGAAACAGCUCAUUCAAACAUAUACAGUAAAAACUCCAGACUUAUACAUAAGUGGAGAGGAAGGGGUAAUGAAUUCCCACAGGCUCAUUUCCUGAAUCCAAAAAUGAUUAUGAUCUUUGCUUCUUCAAUCACUUUUCUUUUCUAGAAUUUUAAUGGAAUACUUUAAAACAAAUCCCAGCCAGAUAUUGCAUUGAUUCACCCUCCAAUAAUUCCAUAUGUUUCUCUAACAGACCGCAAAAACGAAAAUCUACAAUACUAUCAUCAUACCCACUAAA